AGUUUGUAGAAGUUCGUUACUAAAGUUUUUUGAAGUAACACGCGUUAUGAUGUGUUUUAUAGCAAUUAUUGCAUUAUUAACAAUAGGCGUUACAAGUGCCGAAGUAUUUUUUGAAGAAAAAUUCGAAAACGAAAAUUGGAAAGAUGAUUGGAUUUACAGUCAACAUCCUGGGAAAGAAUUUGGCAAAUUUAUACACUCUGCUGGGUCUUUUUUUAACGAUGCUGAAGAAGAUAAAGGCAUUCAAACAUCGCAAGAUGCUCGAUUUUAUGCCUUGUCUAAAAGAUUUGAUGGAUUUUCGAAUGAAGCUAAGCCAUUGGUAGUUCAAUUUUCUGUAAAACAUGAGCAAAAUAUUGAUUGUGGAGGAGGUUAUGUGAAACUUUUUGAUUGUUCCCUAGACCAAACUGACAUGCAUGGUGAAUCGCCUUAUGAAAUUAUGUUUGGUCCGGAUAUUUGUGGACCUGGUACAAAAAAAGUUCAUGUUAUCUUAAGCUACAAGGGCAAAAAUCACUUGAUAAACAAGGACAUAAGAUGCAAGGAUGACGUAUAUACCCACUUCUACACCCUAAUUAUUAAGCCAGACAACACAUAUGAAGUUUUGAUAGACAAUGAGAAAGUGGAAUCUGGAAAUCUUGAAGAUGAUUGGGAUUUCUUGGCACCCAAAAAAAUAAAAGACCCAAAUGCGAGUAAACCAGAAAAUUGGGAUGAUAAGGCGACGAUUCCUGACCCUGAUGAUAAGAAACCCGAGGACUGGGAUAAGCCACAACACAUUCCUGACCCUGAUGCUACCAAGCCCGAGGACUGGGAUGAUGAAAUGGAUGGUGAAUGGGAACCCCCAAUGGUAGAUAAUCCCGAAUAUAAAGGAGAGUGGCAGCCGAAACAAUUGGACAAUCCCAAUUAUAAAGGAGCUUGGGAACAUCCGGAAAUUGAUAAUCCAGAAUAUAGUCCUGAUGAUAACCUUUACCUUCGAAAAGAAAUUUGCACUUUGGGAUUCGAUUUAUGGCAAGUGAAAUCUGGAACAAUAUUUGACAAUGUUCUUAUUACUGAUGACAUUGAACUGGCAGCCAAAGUGGCGGCUAGUGUAAAGGAUACACAAUCUGGUGAAAAAAAAAUGAAAGAAUUACAAGAUGAAGUACAAAGAAAAAAAGACGAAGAGGAGUCAAAAAAAAAUACAGAAAAUCACGAUGAGGAAGAUGACGAUGAUGAUGAUGAGAAUAUCGAGUCGAAAAACGAAUCAGAAGACAAUGGGCACGAUGAAUUGUAAUAAUGAUAAAUAGUUAUUAAUACAAGUAUAAACGAAUUCAUUUGUCCCUAUUCAAGUGGUUUGACAAAUAUAAGCAACUUUUAUAUUGUUUAUGUAGAA